AGACUUUUCUUGUUUCUAGAAGUGGGGAAUAGAAAAGGAAGACUUUGGGUUUGAGACGUUGAGUGCCGAGCGAGCGAGUGUUGGAUUCGCCUCCACAGUCCGACCGACACGGCCGAAUUUCAUGGGCGCCCGUGCCUCCUGUUUCUCCCGCCUCUACUGCUGCUGGAUCUCCUUCCCCUCCCCCGACCACCGUCCCCCGCGUCCUCCUCCGACUCCAGCCGCCGCCGGCGCAGCCUACCUCCCCUGCCCCGGCAUGGACGCCGAGACGGGGCCGGGGGCGGUGACGACGGCGGCCCACCGCCCCCCGCAGCCGCGGACGCCCUACGCCGCCGCGGACCGCACCCUCCGCGCGCUCGCCGCCGCCGCCGAGGGCUUCGGCCGCCGCGCCAUCGGGGGCCUCCACGGCGCCCUCUACCACGUCACCUCCCUCCAAGACGACGGGCACGGGACGCUGCGGGAGGCGUGCCGGGCCAAGGAGCCGCUGUGGGUCGUCUUCGAGGUCUCCGGCGACAUCCACCUCCACACCUACCUGCGGGUCUCCUCCCACAAGACCAUCGACGGGCGCGGGCAGCGGGUCCGGCUCACCGGCAAGGGGCUCCAGCUCAAGGACUGCCACCACGUCAUCGUCUGCAACCUCCAGUUCGAGGCCGGCCGGGGCCACGACGUCGACGGCAUCCAGAUCAAGCCCGGCUCCACCAACAUCUGGAUCGACCGCUGCUCCCUCGCCGACUACGACGACGGGCUCAUCGACAUCACGCGCCAGAGCACCGACAUCACCGUCUCCAGAUGCCACUUUGCAAGGCAUGACAAGACGAUGCUCAUCGGCGCGGACCCAAAGCACGUCGACGACAGGUGCAUCAGGGUGACCAUCCACCACUGCUUCUUCGACGGCACGCGGCAGAGGCACCCGCGCCUGCGCUUCGGCAAGGUCCACCUCUACAACAACUACACCAGGGACUGGGGCAUCUACGCCGUCUGCGCCGGCGUCGAAGCUCAGAUUGUGUCUCAGUGCAACAUAUACGAAGGAGGACAUAAGAAGACGGUCUUCAAGUACAUGCCAGAGAAGGCUGCUGACAGAGAAGAAACGGCGGCCGGGUGGAUCAGGUCGGAGGGCGACGCGUUCCUGCACGGGGCGUUGCCGUGCCUGGUCGACGGCCCGGGCGCCGAGUGCGUCUUCAGGCCGGAGGAGUACUACGACAGGUGGACGAUGGAGGCGGCGUCGCCGGCGCUCAAGGAGGUCAUUCAGCUCUGCGCUGGGUGGCAGCCUGUGCCCAGGCCUCCGGACUGCUAGCGCUGUAAAUCAUGGAAGUUCAGGUUCAGGGUUCAGACCCGAGAACUGCAAGCCUGAUCGACCAUUGGUUCGUUCAAGUAAAAUUGUUUGAGCUUCGGUUCAGUAGUCCCAUGCUAGAAUUGUAAUAAACUCUUAGCGUGUGAUACGAUUGAUCUUCAACGAUUAGAGAGCAUGGAACAGUUGUCGCGUAGAGGAGAGAAUUCAGUGGAUAGAGGAAGUGACUGCUGGUUCUGAUGCAAAUUAUUAAUAGAAAUGGAGAAAAUUAGAGCACGAAAAA